UUUACUCGUUGGGUAUUCAAAAUUCGUCAGUCUGUUUUCGUUUUCAUAUAUGUGAUGUUAGUCGAUGUACGAUAUACAAGAUAUUGUAUUUUGGUAAGUUACGUAAUAUAUUUUUGAAAAAUUACGUACUUUGCUAAAUGUUGGCAAAAAAUUUAUUUACACAUUUGGAGGGGGAAAAUUCAUAACCUGUACAUACCAUACACACUAUCCCGUCACUAAUUCAAAAUGGCGUGUUACCAGUGAACGAAAAACGUAGAUCAAAUUUGCGUUUUGAUGUGGUGCUAAAUUCGUCGUUCGUGUUUCUAUAUGUGGUGAAUCGAAUGUUCUUGCUAGGAAAGCAAGAAACAAAGAGGUUAUGACACUAUUCCCGUGUGUAACGUUUUAGGAAGUUUGUUAGUAUAUUCAUAAUCGAAGUACGGAAUUAAUAAUGCAGGAAAUCGUCCUAGCAGCCUUCUCCGUGAUAUCGAGUCUGCUCAUAGUAUUUGGCCUGGUGCUGCUGGGUUGGUAUUUAGUUUGGAAGUUUUUCCUUUCAAGGUUCAGGUUUGUUCGAGAACUGUUGGGUGGAAUGAGUGAAUCUUCACCUGUAAAUGACUUAAAGAAUGGUAGAUCUCGCAUGAAAAAAAUUCGCAGAGAUUAAAACCAUAUUUGUAAAUUU